AACAAGGGGGCGGGAUUUGAUAAAAAAAUAACGGGGCACACAAAGAGUUGAGGGGCGUUGGUGAUUUUGCUCCGAAUUUCGUCAAGGAAGUCAAAAGUAGACUAUUUGAAAGAUUAUCGAAGAUUUCCGAGAUCUUAAUAACAUCCAACAGCUAUGGCAGAUGAAGAGGCCGUGCCUGGUGCAGAGGGUCCCCUUGUCGCAGUGACCUUUCAGAGAACUCCUCACAAAAAACAGAAGUACCUGGAGUCUGAACCCAAAGCAUUGGGGGUGACUCAGAUUGCCCUCAGUGCGUUCUAUAUCAGUUCUGUCAUUGUCAUGUUCACCAACAGCAUGAGCAUGGUGGUUGAAGAUUUAACACAUGUCAUUGGAUCAGUGUUUGUGAUCAUAGCUGGUAGUUUGGCCAUAGCUGCACAGAAUCUCCAUCUUCCCACUCUGAAGGCCUGUCUGGGGAUGCAGGUAGUGGCCUGUGUAGCAUCAGUGAUCAACUUGAUCUUCUCUGUGUCAGACAUGGCUGGACACGGAUAUGGUUAUGGCUGCUGGAAAUACGUUGAAGUCAACAGCACCGAUCACAAUGAUUCUUGCUAUUCAAUCACUGCUUCUACUGGACAUUACCUUGCUGAGUUGGUCCUGAUAAAUACUGCUCUCAUCGCUAUCUCUGUCACGCUCGCUGCCUACUGCUGCAAGGUGGUCAAUUGCUGCUCUCCAGGACAACGAAUGCCGGUGAUCACAGUCCAAGUCCCUCCUGCUCAGCAAUGAGGAGAGAUACAGUUUGAGGACCAAUCAAGACAAGAGAUCCAACUCUCUCACUAACCAGCAAAAACAUGUGUUAUUCUUCCAUCAACUAAAAUAUUGUAGGCCUAUAUAUCUAUACAUACACUGAGUGCACAAAAUAUUAAGAACACUGUGCUCCCCACAGCUGAGUCAAGUUGGCUGGAUGUCCUUUGGAUGGUGGACCCUUCUUGAUAUACACAGGAAGCUGUUUAGUGUGAAAUACCCAGCAGCGCUACAGUUCUUGACACAAACCGGUGCCCAUUCACCCUCUUAAUGGUACACAAACACAAUCCACAUCUCAAUUGUCUCAAGGCUUAAAAAUGAUUAUUGAACCCGUCUCCUCCCCUUCAUCUACACUGACUGAAGGGGAUUUAAGAAGUGUCAUCAAUAAGGGAUCAUAACUUUCACAUGGACUGACCUGAUCAGAUCAUGUCAAGGAACGAACAGGUGUUAAUAAUGUUUUGUGGACUCAGUAUAAGUCACCUGAUGGAACUCUUUUUGUAAUUAAAAACUUUGAUACGAUGUA